AUGGGCUUUGUUACAACCCCAUUUGACAUGAACCCACUAGCAAAACCAUCUGCCUCGGGGUCCAGGAGUAAUGACUUGGAAGAUGGCCUCUCUUGCUCAUUGACAUGGGUCUUGGCAGCUCUAGGCCCCUCAGCAGUGGUCCUGGCUUUAUAUGUGUACAUAACAUAUUAUGAGCAUGAUCUUCAGUACACCCAUGGCCCUCAUGUUCUUCUGGUUCUCAGUCUGCUUAAUGUGGUGUCAGGCCAGUGGAAAGUGAUUGGGCCAAAUAAGUCCAUCCGGGUCUUGGCUGGAGAGGAUGCAACAUUCUCUUGCUUCCUGUCUCCUGAGACAAGUGCAGAAGCCAUGGAAGUGCGGUUCUUCAAGGAUCAGUUGUAUGCUGUGGUCCAUCUCUAAGAUAGGAAAGACCAGGAAAAUAUGAAGAUGCCACAGUACCAAAGAAGAACUGAGUUUGUGAGGGACUCCCUUGACAAAGGACGUGAUUUGAGGCUGGAGAAGGUCACUCCCUCAGAUGCAGGCUUGUAUGGGUGCUGGUUCAGUUCCCAGUCUCAAGAGGAGGAGGCCUUCUGGGAACUUCAGGUAACAGAACUGGGCUCCACUCCUCUCAUUUCUGUCAUGGAAUAUGUUGAUGGAGGCAUCCAGCUACUCUGUCAAACUUCAGGAUGGUUUCCGGAACCCAUAGUGAGGUGGAAAGGUCCAGAGGGUCCUAAUUUACCCUUAGACACCAAGGUGAAGGAAGACAUGCAUGGCCGGUUUGAUGUGGAGACCUCCCUUACUGUUCAAGAUAAUUCUGGUGUGUCAUGCUCUGUUCAGCUCCCUGACCAGAGCCAAGAGGUAGAAUCCAGAGUGUGGGUAGGAGAGAAGUUUUUCCAGCCCUCACCCUGGAGACUCGUUUCUAUUUUACUGCUGAUCUUCUUCUUUGUCUUAUGUGGUGCUACCAUUUGGCAGAAAAUUUCGUCCUCCAAAAUUCAGUGGAAGAUGCAGACAGAUUUAGAAUGGAGAGAUGCCCGGAAAUAUGCAGAGAAAGUGACUCUGGACCCUGACUCGGCUCACCCUCACAUCUACACUUCUGAUCUGAAAGUUGAAUCAUCUAUGACUAUUGCCCAGGAAGUGGCCUUCUCAGAGAAGAGAUUCAGAAGGACAUGUGUGGUGGCUUCUGAGGGUUUCCAGAACGGGAAACAUUAUUGGGAAGUAGAUGUGGGAUUUAACAAAAGAUGGUAUCUGGGAGUAUGCAGGGAUGAUGUGGACAGGAAGGAGACAAAUGUGAAAUUGUAUUCCAACAAUGGGUACUGGGUCCUUGGACUAUGGGCAGCCCAACAGUAUUUCACAGUCGGUGUUAAUAGAGAAAGUGUAUCUGUAAAAACUCCCCCUAGCAGAGUGGGGGUCUUUCUAGACUAUGAAGGUGGGUCCAUCUCUUUCUUCAACAUAAAUGAUCAGUCUUUAAUUUCUACCCUGAAGCAUCAAUUUGAAGGCUUAUUGAGGCCAUACAUCCAGUUUCAGAUACAUGGAGAGGACCUUUUAAAUCCUAUAUCAUUCUGUCCAGUGCCCCUGAAAUAA